AUGGGAAUUGGAGGCCUCAUCAACCUUCGACAUGUUGAUAUUUCUGGUGCAGUUCAACUACAGGAGAUGCCCCCUCAAAUGGGAAACUUAACCAAUUUGCAAACAUUAUCUGACCUUAUUGUGGGCAAAGGUAGCAGGUCGGGUAUCAAAGAAUUAAAGAAUUUGUUGGGUCUCCAAGGAAAGCUUUCCAUUUCAGGGUUGCAUAAUGUGGUAGAUAUUCAAGAUGCAAGGAGUGUUAAUUUACAGAAGAAGCAGAACAUCAAAGAGUUAACACUGAAAUGGAGCAGUGAUUUUGGUGAAUCAAGAAAUAAAAUGAAUGAGACGCUUGUUUUAGAGUGGCUACAACCUCAUAGAAAUUUGGAAAAGCUCACCAUUGCAUUCUAUGGUGGACCAAACUUUCCAAGUUGGAUAAAGAAUCCCUCAUUCCCUUUAAUGACACACUUGGUUCUCAAGAAUUGCAAGAUAUGCACAUCGUUACCGGCUCUCGGCCAAUUGUCCUUACUAAAAAACUUGCAUAUCGAAGGGAUGAGUGAAGUUAGAACCAUAGAUGAGGAGUUUUAUGGAGGGAUUGUCAAGUCUUGUCCAUCCUUGGAGCUUCUGAAGUUUGAAAAUAUGCCAACAUGGAAAGAUUGGUUUUUUCCAGAUGCAGAUGAACAAGUGGGACCAUUUCCAUUCCUUCGAGAACUUACAGUAAGGAGAUGCUCAAAGCUAGGUAUACAGUUGCCUGAUUGCCUACCUUCUCUGGUUAAACUUGAUAUCUUUGGGUGUCCAAAUUUGAAAGUUCCCUUUUCAGGAUUUGCAUCUCUUGGUGAAUUAAGUUUAGAAGAAUGUGAAGGGGUGGUGUUCAGAAGUGGGGUUGGUAGUUGUCUUGAAACAUUAGCUAUUGGACGGUGUCACUGGCUUGUAACGUUGGAGGAGCAAAUGCUACCUUGCAAACUUAAAAUUUUGAAAAUACAAGACUGUGCUAACCUGGAGGAGCUGCCAAACGGAUUGCAAAGUCUCAUAUCUCUCCAAGAGUUGAAAUUAGAGAGGUGCCCCAAACUGGUUUCAUUUCCAGAGGCCGCUUUGUCACCCUUGCUCAGAUCUCUGGUGCUGCAGAACUGCCCAUCUCUCAUAUGCUUUCCAAAUGGUGAGCUGCCUACCACGCUCAAGCAUCUGAGGGUUGAAGAUUGUGAAAAUUUGGAGUCUCUACCAGAGGGAAUGAUGCACCACAAGUCCUCUUCCACUGGAUACUGCUUGGUAGAGAUGUGGCAGGAAGCAGAGGGUGAAGAUGACAAAAGAUCUUUGACAGAGGUUACUCACUGA